AUGGGUCAAGAAGGCGACUCAAGAAGGGUUAGGGCUAGGUUUAGGGUUAGGGUUAGGGCCGGGGCUAGGACUGGGUUAAGGACUGGGGUUAUCGUCGCACAUAGAAAAUAUUACAAUUGUAACAACUGUUGUAACACGAGAUGUAGAGGUUGCUGUGAUUGUACUAGAGGAUAUAACGGUAAAAGAGAUGUGAGAAAUGCUGAUUUUGAUGCUGCCUAUAAUGCUGCUGCUGAAGAUGAUGUUUUUACUGACGAUGAGAUAAAAUCAGUAUUUGGUGUUGAUGUGGACGAGUUCAAAGCAGAUUAUGAUGUGAACGGAGAUGGUGUAAUUGAAGUGACGGAAUACGAAUCAGUUAUAAACAACCCCUAUAUCCGAAUUACAAGAAAUAUGAACGUGAUUGACCAAUCAGAUGACUGGAACACUAAAAGUUAA